AUUGGGUGAUCCCCAGUCACGUGACCGUCCUUCGACAGGAGUUUCCACGACAGCUGAGUAGCAGCUAUAUGCGUUUUUCCAGCGGUAACAUUGAUCCUUUUUGACUCCGCUACGACCAAGUUUCGUAAAAUGGGAGACAAGAAGAGUCCCACAAGGCCGAAGCGGCAGUCCAAACCCUCCCCCGACGACGGCUACUGGGACUGUAGCGUGUGCACGUUCAGGAACAGCGCUGAGGCGUUCAAGUGCAUGAUGUGUGAUGUCAGGAAGGGCACGUCUACUCGAAAACCACGGCCUGUCUCUCAGCUGGUUGCACAACAAGUAAAUCAGCAGUUUGCUUCACCUACACAUCCCAAAAAGGAUAAGAGAGAAAAAUCAGAGAAAGACAAAAGUGAUAAAGAGCCAACACUGAAAAAGAAAAGCCAUAAAAAGAUAAGGCCCAGGUUAAAAAACAUAGACAGGAGCAGCGCCCAACAUCUAGAGGUCACAGUUGGAGACUUGACUGUAAUAAUCACAGACUUUAAAGAGAAAGCCAAACCCACAUCCACUUCAACGAGCACUGCCUCAGCAGACCCGCACAGUCAAAGUGGCUCAAGCUCUGACAAUGCUGAACGAGGAGUCUCCAGGUCCUCUUCGCCACAUGGGGAGGGAUCGCCGGUAAACGGAGAGACUCACUAACCUUCACACUUCAACUCAGCACAACCUUUUCUUCUGCACUCUUAACAGCCUCAACCAGAGAUUAACUUCAACAUGCACGUUUUUUAACAAGUUUGAAUUCCAAUUUGACAGCGUUCACUUACUUUUCAGGUUGUAUUUUUCACUGCCGUCUCAUUUUUGACAGAAUUCAGGAGUCAGGAUGAACGCUGCACUCUCAAGUUAAAGAACUGUUUUAGCAAGAUAUGUCCUGAUGAACUGAAAAAGGAAACGUAGCAUUAAAUCCUGGACAUUAGUCAAAAAUUGUCACUUGUUGUGGCAGGUUGUCAAUGUCAUAUUCAGGUGGUUGUUCACAUUAUUUACUAUUAAAAGUAUUCAGAGUGAUAAUGCAAAAAAUAAAUGAUGCAUUAUGAAAGACAAUGUGAAGUCAUCUCAGAAUUGUAGUUUACCCUUGUUACCAUUAUUUGCACUUGAUGGCAUCUUAUGUUUUAUAUAAGCAUUAUUUCCACUUUUGUCAUCAUCAGCAUAUCAUAACACUGUUGGUUAUUGGCCUUCAUCUUUUUUUAAUGCCACUGGAUGCAAUCAUUCUUCUACUGUCUAACAUUUGAGUAAAAAAUAUUGAACAUUUAUUCAAAGUAUGCUUCUCCUCCUCUUUGUAGAGUUAAGCAUGGUUUAAUCUAUAGAAUGGUUUAUAUUGUAAAAUAAUGUGGAAUAAAAUAAGUUGUAGAUACCUCAAUA